AUGGCCGAGUGGCCCCACCCCCCAGGGCGGUGAUCCCCUUGAAGCGCUCCCGGGUCCUGGCUCCAUCCACACGACGUGGGAAGACCUCCUUCCCCAUCAAGACUACCUCCUCUUCCUCCUCUUCCUCCAGACCACCCACCUCCUCCUCCUCCUCUACCUCUUCCGGACUCAAGUGUAUGUUCACAACUGUUAUACUGUAUAUGUGGCUGAUUCCAAUGUAGCAAUUCUAGGAUUGGAAAAUGGUGAACACAUGUGGCUAACAUUCAGCUAAACAUAAUAGAUAUUGUCGUGGAAUGUGAGGGGGAUAAAUAAUCCAAUGACGCAGGAAAAUAUGUACAGACAGAUUAAGUUGCUUAAUAUACAUAAACUAUUUCACGUUGGUAAACCAUCUGAAUAAUAAAAAAAGACUUACCAAGUGACUUUACUCUCCCUUAACAAAAGGAGCUGUCAUGUCCCAACAUACCUCAGCAUAACUUGCACUUACUGUGCCACUAUAAAACAGGAACGAGCAACAGCAAUGUAGAGCACAAACAUACUGAGUCAUCUCCCUAUACACUGACUAAGAACGCUGUAUCCUUCCAGUCACAAACAUACUGAGUCAUCUCCCUAUACACUGACUAAGAACGCUGUAUCCUUCCAGUCACAAACAUACUGAGUCAUCUCCCUAUACACUGACUAAGAACGCUGUAUCCUUCCAGUCACAAACGAUUCAUCCAUAUCUGUCAUUCCCCCACAUUUAAUCAUUUGAUUAGCAAAUGAAUAAUAAGACCAUGUUUUACAUUUAACAUGUUGAUCAGAGUUCUGUGUUCUUGAACGGCAGUCUUUAAGGCAUGGGCUGUAUAAUUGGACUCAGUGUGUAGUCUGUACGGUUUCUACUUCUCCCUUAUUCAGGGCAGUGUUAUCAGUACCCACAGCUUGCUAGCGUCAGUCAGGGGGCUCUGAUGCAGUGGACGUAUGGAGGGAGGGGAAAAACAUGUUUUCCUCCUUUUUUAGAUAGACUUUAUUGAUUUUUCUCCAAGCCGGGCAUCACAGUUCUAUAUCUGGUAGCCACAGUCGCUAAAGUUGGAACCGUGAGAAAUUGCUGUUUCUAUUGAUGUAGAUGGAUUGGGAGCAAGCUAUGGUUAGAUAGUCCAAAGAUUUGGGUGGGUGGAUCUAUAUAGUUUGUAGGGGCUGUGAUGCAUAACAGCCAUUCAGAAUAUAUGUAAACCAUAGCUGUCAAAGACAUGGGCUAGCAGACAAAUGGACUAAUAUACUCAGUAUUGAUCUCUUCGUCCUCUACAAUUCAAUAGAGAUACAGUGGGGGAAAAAAAGUAUUUAGUCAGCCACCAAUUGUGCAAGUUCUCCCACUUAAAAAGAUGAGAGAGGGCUGUAAUUUUCAUCAUAGGUACACGUCAACUAUGACAGACAAAUUGAGGAAAUAAAUUCCAGAAAAUCACAUUGUAGGAUUUUUUAUAAGUAUUUGGUCACCUACAAACAAGCAAGAUUUCUGGCUCUCACAGACCUGUAACAUCUUCUUUAAGAGGCUCCUCUGUCCUCCACUCGUUACCUGUAUUAAUGGCACCUGUUUGAACUUGUUAUCAGUAUAAAAGACACCUGUCCACAACCUCAAACAGUCACACUCCAAACUCCACUAUGGCCAAGACCAAAGAGCUGUCAAAGGACACCAGAAACAAAAUUGUAGACCUGCACCAGGCUGGGAAGACUGAAUCUGCAAUAGGUAAGCAGCUUGGUUUGAAGAAAUCAACUGUGGGAGCAAUUAUUAGGAAAUGGAAGACAUACAAGACCACUGAUAAUCUCCCUCGAUCUGGGGCUCCACGCAAGAUCUCACCCCGUGGGGUCAAAAUGAUCACAAGAACGGUGAGCAAAAAUCCCAGAACCACACGGGGGGACCUAGUGAAUGACCUGCAGAGAGCUGGGACCAAAGUAACAAAGCCUACCAUCAGUAACACACUACGCCGCCAGGGACUCAAAUCCUGCAGUGCCAGACGUGUCCCCCUGCUUAAGCCAGUACAUGUCCAGGCCCGUCUGAAGUUUGCUAGAGUGCAUUUGGAUGAUCCAGAAGAGGAUUGGGAGAAUGUCAUAUGGUCAGAUGAAACCAAAAUAGAACUUUUUGGUCAAAACUCAACUCGUCGUGUUUGGAGGACAAAGAAUGCUGAGUUGCAUCCAAAGAACAUCAUACCUACUGUGAAGCAUGGGGGUGGAAACAUCAUGCUUUGGGGCUGUUGUUCUGCAAAGGGACCAGGACGACUGAUCCGUGUAAAGGAAAGAAUGAAUGGGGCCAUGUAUCGUGAGAUUUUGAGUGAAAACCUCCUUCCAUCAGCAAGGGCAUUGAAGAUGAAACGUGGCUGGGUCUUUCAGCAUGACAAUGAUCCCAAACACACCGCCCGGGCAACGAAGGAGUGGCUUCGUAAGAAGCAUUUCAAGGUCCUGGAGUGGCCUAGCCAGUCUCCAGAUCUCAACCCCAUAGAAAAUCUUUGGAGGGAGUUGAAAGUCUGUGUUGCCCAGCAACAGCCCCAAAACAUCACUGCUCUAGAGGAGAUCUGCAUGGAGGAAUGGGCCAAAAUACCAGCAACAGUGUGUGAAAACCUUGUGAAGACUUACAGAAAACGUUUGACCUGUGUCAUUGCCAACAAAGGGUAUAUAACAAAGUAUUGAGAAACUUUUGUUAUUGACCAAAUGCUUAUUUUCCACCAUAAUUUGCAAAUAAAUUCAUAAAAAAUCCUACAAUGUGAUUUUCUGGAUUUUUUUUCUUCUCAUUUUGUCUGUCAUAGUUGACGUGUACCUAUGAUGAAAAUUACAGGCCUCUCUCAUCCUGGGAGAACUUGCACAAUUGGUGGCUGACUAAAUACUUUUUUUCCCCACUGUAAGCUCUGCAUAUGACAACAAAAGUAAUGCCAGUGGCAAAACGUACCAUAUUGCUCAGAGCUUGCUGGAGAUUUCCCUAGCACUCGAAUCGACUUAAAGCUAUCCAGGGUCUGAAAUGACUUCAGUAAGAACAAUCUGAACUCUCAUUGUCUGUUGCAAUCUUCAUCUUGCAGUGAUUCAAAGAGACCCUUGCUAUCUCCAAGAACACAUUUUUCUUUAUGGGUCAUCGUUAAGUCCCAAAAUAAGAUCCAUCUAUCCACCCCAUAGAAAUAGAAGAGACUAUCAGGGGACUAUGUUGUUUUUCUCUGUAAUGCUGAGCUAUCAAAGGAUGCUGUUGAUGAAAUUAUGUUGGAUUAGGCCGGCUAUGUCUGGAGUCUCUCUCUAUCUGUGGCUCGUGUGGUUUAUAUCACAAAGGAACAGGGCCUGAAGUCACUGAUAAAUUGGAAAUGGCUCCACACUUUCUUAUCAUCAAAGGACAACUAUAGUAGGUUGCCCAAAGCAUACACAGUUGUUGUUGAAGAUGUUGAAAUAACAAAUUGCUGUGUGCGUGUGUACGUGUGUGCGUGCUUACGUGUGCGCCUGUGCAUGUGUGUGCGUGUGCAAAAUGCAUUGAGGGGACAGCAAUGAAGGAGAGAGACUUCAAUGUAUCAUAUAUCACACCUCCUUGGCACCAUUCUCCAUCUCCUCUAUAUCCUCUAUACUUUCUAUUUUCUCUGUCUGUGGUAUGGUUGAUCCAGAGCUCUCACUGCUCAAACAAUAGAGUCCAUGGCCACUUUAGAGAACAACAGGUGGCUGGCUUGUGAUUCCAAUACACACAUUGACUCUGCAUUGCCUCUGAAGUAGGAUUGCAUACCACACAAACACACACAAUGCUGCUUUGAAUGGAGCGAAUGCAUUUACGAACACCACCACAGAAUGCACACACACGUUCUGUCCACACAUAUGUCCUUACCGAUACUUUCAAGUACCUUCCACUUUCAGAUCAACAAGGGGCCAUGUCACCUCUAGGGUCAGGUGCUUGUGGUUUGACUAUGGGCUGGGCAAGAGAGACAAAGACCUAUAUGGCUUCAACUGUGUCCAGGCCUUCAUUGUAAAUCAAGUUAUAUAAAUAAGUUCAACUGAUCAGAGAGGAAAGGGGCAGUAGAAAGAAGUUCCACCAGGCCUAUCUGAUUUCCCUAGAGAUAGAGCUAUUUCUCCUGAUCUCAUAGCAACACUAUAUACUCUUAGAAAAAAGGGUUCCAAAAGGGUUCUUCGACUGUCCCAGUAGGAGAAGCCUUUUUGGUUCCAGGUAGAACUCUUUUGGGUUUCAUGUACACCCCUCUGAGGAAAGGGUUCUACAUUGAACCCAAUAGGGUUGUACCUGGAACCAAAAGGGUUCUACCUGGAACCAAAAAGGGUACUCUAAAGGGUUCUCCUAUGGGGACAGCCGAAGAACCCUUUUAGGUUCUAGAUAGCACCUUUUUUUCGAAGAGUGUAGGACAUGUCCUUGGUGAGAAAGUAGAGGAGAGAACCACAGCGGGGAGCUUAGUGAUGUGUUUUUGUGUAAUAAAUCAAUGUUUAUAAAUAGUGGCUACAAAGCAGCCAUGAGAUUGCACAUAAUGAACAAUUCUACAACACUUUUCAGAGGCUUCUGAUUCGGCGGCUAAAGCCCCAGAAUGAAGUAAUGGGAAGGCUUCACACAGCCACUCAUGCGUCCUCGUUCUGACACUGACCAGCUUUGAUAGGUGUCAAAGUCAGUUUUCUUGUUUCAAACUUAUGCUGUCUGUUUUCCCCUUAUUUUGACGGUUGACUAAUUUUCAACCAUCAAAAAAUUGACAGCUGUGCCAUAUAGAUUGCAAAAUAGUUGGGAAGAGAUUUUCGAUAUACCGAUUCAAUGGCACAUGGUUUAUGAACUGAUACACAAAAAGAUGCCGGAUUCAAAACGUUGAGUUUCUCAAUGUAAAUUAUUAUACAAAAUUCUUGCAACCAAUAGAAUGUUAUAUAUAUGGGGCAUACAACCAUCCCGAAGAGACAGAAUCAUUAGAUCAUUUGUUUUGGUACUUUCCAUAUGUACAAUAGCUUGUUUUUGGUCGCAGGUUCAGGAAUGGCUGAAGAAUUUCAACAUUUACCUGGAGCUAACUCUGCAAAUAGCACUGCAGGGUGAUUUGAAAAGUCAUAGUCAAUUGAUCAAUAAUAUAAUAAUACUCUUAGCAAAAACAUUAUCUUUAAUUUACAAUCUUUAGAAACUAUGAGAAUAGAAAGGUUCAGAGCUUUUGUGAAACUUCACAGCACAGUUGAAAAAUAUAUGGCAAAUAGAAAUCAAAACCGAAUGGUCUUCAGAGAUAGAUGGAAGGGGUUGAGGGUAGCUGAAGGAUGGGACUAAAAAUAAACAAAUAAUAACUAUUGUAAAAUAUACUGUGUCUGUAAAAUGUAUAUAGUAUGUAUUAGCUGGAAGUAGAAGCCUAAGUGUUGUUGUCCAUUAGUUUACAGCAAUUAGGGGAGGGGUAGUAGGGUUAGCGGAAAAUAAUAAAGGAAAAAAAUAUAUACAGUGGGGAGAACAAGUAUUUGAUACACUGCCGAUUUUGCAGGUUUUCCUACUUCCAAAGCAUGUAGAGGUCUGUAAUCCAGAAAAUCACAUUGUAUGAUUUUUAAGUAAUUAAUUUGCAUUUUAUUGCAUGACAUAAGUAUUUGAUACAUCAGAAAAGCAGAACUUAAUAUUUGGUACAGAAACCUUUGUUUGCAAUUACAGAGAUCAUACGUUUCCUGUAGGUCUUGACCAGGUUUGCACACACUGCAGCAGGGAUUUUGGCCCACUCCUCCAUACAGACCUUCUCCAGAUCCUUCAGGUUUCGGGGCUGUCGCUGGGCAAUACAGACUUUCAGCUCCCUCCAAAGAUGUUCUAUUGGGUUCAGGUCUGGAGACUGGCUAGGCCACUCCAGGACCUUGAGAUGCUUCUUACGGAGCCACUCCUUAGUUGCCCUGGCUGUGUGUUUCGGGUCGUUGUCAUGCUGGAAGACCCAGCCACGACCCAUCUUCAAUGCUCUUACUGAGGGAAGGAGGUUGUUGGCCAAGAUCUCGCGAUACAUGGCCCCAUCCAUCCUCCCCUCAAUACGGUGCAGUCGUCCUGUCCCCUUUGCAGAAAAGCAUCCCCAAAGAAUGAUGUUUCCACCUCCAUGCUUCACGGUUGGGAUGGUGUUCUUGGGGUUGUACUCAUUCUUCUUCUUCCUCCAAACACGGCGAGUGGAGUUUAGACCAAAAAGCUAUAUUUUUGUCUCAUCAGACCACAUGACCUUCUCCCAUUCCUCCUCUGGAUCAUCCAGAUGGUCAUUGGCAAACUUCAGACGGGCCUGGACAUGCGCUGGCUUGAGCAGGGGGACCUUGCGUGCGCUGCAGGAUUUUAAUCCAUGACGGCGUAGUGUGUUACUAAUGUUUUUCUUUGAGACUGUGGUCCCAGCUCUCUUCAGGUCAUUGACCAGGUCCUGCUGUGUUGUUCUGGGCUGAUCCCUCACCUUCCUCAUGAUCAUUGAUGCCCCACGAGGUGAGAUCUUGCAUGGAGCCCCAGACCGAGGAUGAUUGACCGUCAUCUUGAACUUCUUCCAUUUUCUAAUAAUUGCGCCAACAGUUGUUGCCUUCUCACCAAGCUGCUUGCCUAUUGUCCUGUAGCCCAUCCCAGCCUUGUACAGGUCUACAAUUUUAUCCCUGAUGUCCUUACACAGCUCUCUGGUCUUGACCAUUGUGGAGAGGUUGGAGUCUGUUUGAUUGAGUGUGGACAGGUGUCUUUUAUACAGGUAACGAGUUCAAACAGGUGCAGUUAAUACAGGUAAUGAGUGGAGAACAGGAGGGCUUCUUAAAGAAAAAGUAACAGGUCUGUGAGAGCUGGAAUUCUUACUGGUUGGUAGGUGAUCAAAUACUUAUGUCAUGCAAUAAAAUGCAAAUUAAUUACUUAAAAAUCAUACAAUGUGAUUUUCUGGAUUUUUUUCAGUUGAAGUGUACCUAUGAUAAAAAUUACAGACCUCUACAUGCUUUGUAAGUAGGAACACCUGCAAAAUCGGCAGUGUAUCAAAUACUUGUUCUCCCCACUGUAAAUUGAGGAUUGGAAAUGAUGCAGAAAAUUACAUUGAUGGAAGCCACAAUCUAUCUGCAAUAUUAAAGCUGAUUUACCCCCUUAAAAAUAUAUAUAAUAAUAAUAAUACUUUUCAACCACCAAGGUAGUGAAGCAGGAUAUCGUUUUUUAAACCCGGAAUUCCUAGUAGUUCCAGCUACUUAAGUAUACAGCCUAAUGUCUACUGUACAUCAGAGAUAUGGGCCUGCGCAGAAUUAAUCUGAUGUACAUCAGAUAUUAUGUAUUUGGUAGGCCUAUUUUUUAAGUGGAUGUGAUCUGCAUACUGACAUUUCAAAGUCAAAUCCCAUACUGUGGUUGAAUCCCAAAUGGCACCCUAUUCCCUACCUGGUGCACUGCUUUUGACUAGAAGCUGUGGUUAAAAUAAAUGAAAUAUAUACGAAAUAGGGUGCCAUUUGGGAUGCAGCCUGUAGCUUUUCAGGCAUGUGUAAUGUAACAAUGCAGCCAAAUAACAUUUGACCACACCUCCACAAGUUCACAAACAUCAGUUUAUUUCUAUAUUUAGAUAUCUGUUUGAAAUACAUUACUUAUUCACAUGAGACAUAAAUAUUUAAUAAAUUAUCAGCUUAUUAUUAUUAGCUUAUCAUAUUUGAUUUACAAAGCAGCUAUACAUUUUUUUGUUCAUUGUUUGUUACACAGACCUUGGGUUAAAAUACUAUUUAGGGUAUUUCAUUUAUUUAAAAUGAUAUUUGGAAGUAAGUAUUUAGAUUAUUUUUUUUUGAAAAUACAAGUAGUUGAAUAUUGGAAUGUAUUUGAAAAUACUCAAAUACACUGACACAGAUACACUCCCAUGCAUUUAACCCAGGUAUUUGAAAAUAAUAUUUGAAAUAAGUAUUUGAAAAUACUUUCAAAUAUUAGGCUAUUUAUAUGAAAUUAUUAGAAAAUACUUUCAAAUACUUCCAAUAGAAGUAGUUGAUUCUGCCACAUUAUUUGAAAAUACUCAAAUACACUGAAAAUUAAUUAUUUAAAUAACUAAUAAUCAAAUACACAUGUAUUUGAACCCAGGUCUGUUGUUACAUCAUGUAAAAAUGGCAUCAUCCCGUUUGUGUAGUCUUAUUAUGUCCCCAAACAGUAAUCAGAAAUUAUACAGUUGAAGUCGGAAGUUUACAUACACUUAGGUUGGAGUCGGUUAGGACAUCUACAUUGUGCAUGACACAAGUAAUUUUUCCAACAAUUGUUUAUAGACAGAUUAUUUCACUUAUAAUUCACUGUAUCACAAUUCCAGAGGGUCAGAAGUUUACCUACACUGAGUUGACUGUGCCUUUAAACAGCUUUGAAAAUUCCAGAAAAUGAUGUCAUGGCUUUAGAAGCUUCUGAUAGGCUAAUUGACAUCAUUUGAGUCAAUUGGAGGUGUACCUGUGGAUUUAUUUAUUUAUACAAACUCAGUGCCUCUUUGCUUGACAUCAUGGGAAAAUCAAAAGAAAUCAGCCAAGACCUCAGGAAAAAAAUUGUAGACCUCCACAAGUCUGGUUCAUCUUUGGGAGCAAUUUCCAAAUGCCUGAAGGCACCAAGUUCAUCUGUACAAACAAUAGUACGCAAGUAUAAACACCAUGGGACCACGCAGCGCCAUACCGCUCAGGAAGGAGACAUGUUCUGUCUCCUAGAGAUGAACGUACUUUGGUGCGAAAAGUGCAAAUCAAACCCAGAACAACAGCAAAGGACCUUGUGAAGAUGCUGGAGGAAACAGGUACAACAGUAUGUAUAUUCACAGUAAAACGAGUCCUACAGUAUCUCUCAAAAGUGAGUACACCCCUCACAUUUUUGUAAAUAUUUGAGUAUAUCUUUUCAUGUGACAACACUGAAGAAAUGACACUUUGCUACAAUGUAAAGUAGUGAGUGUACAGCUUGUAUAACAGUGUACAUUUGCUGUCCCCUCAAAAUAACUCAACACACAACCAUUCAUGUCUAAACCGCUGGCAACAAAAGUGAGUAUACCCCUAAGUGAAAAUGUCCAAAUUGGGCCCAAUUAGCCAUUUUCCCUCCCUGGUGUCAUGUGACUCAUUAGUGUUACAAGGUCUCAGGUGUGAAUGGGGAGCAGGUGUGUUAAAUUUGGUGUCAUCGCUCUCACACUCCCUCAUACUGGUCACUGGAAGUUCAACAUGGCACCUCAUGGCAAAGAACUCUCUGAGGAUCUGAUAAAAAGGAAUUGUUUCUCUACAUAAAGAUGGCCUGGGCUAUAAGAAGAUUGCCAAGACCCUGAAACUGAGCUGCGGCACGGUGGCCAAGACCAUACAGUGGUUUAACAGGACAGGUUCCACUCAGAACAGGCCUCGCCAUGGUCGGCCGAAGAAGUUGAGUGCACGUGCUCAGCGUCAUAUCCAGAGGUUGUCUUUGGGAAAUAGACGUAUGAGUGCUGCCAGCAUUGCUGCAGAGGUUGAAGGGGUGGGGGGUCAGCCUGUCAGUGCUCAGACCAUACGCCGCACACUGCAUCAAAUUGGUCUGCAUGGCUGUCGUCCCAGGAGGAAGCCUCUUCUAAAGAUGAUGCACAAGAAAGCCCGCAAACAGUUUGCUGAAGACAAGCAGACUAAGGACAUGGAUUACUGGAACCAUGUCCUGUGGUCUGAUGAGACCAAGAUAAACUUAUUUGGUUCAGAUGGUGUCAAGCAUGUGUGGCGGCAACCAGGUGAGGAGUACAAAGACAAGUGUGUCUUGCCGACAGUCAAGCAUGGUGGUGGGAGUGUCAUGGUCUGGGGCUGCAUGAGUGCUGCCGGCACUGGGGAGCUACAGUUCAUUGAGGGAACCAUGAAUGCCAACAUGUACUGUGACAUACUGAAGCAGAACAUGAUCCCCUCCCUUCGGAGACUGGGCCGCAGGGCAGUAUUCCAACAUGAUAACGACCCCAAACACACCUCCAAGAUGACCACUGCCUUGCUAAAGAAGCUGAGGGUAAAGGUGAUGGACUGGCCAAGCAUGUCUCCAGACCUAAACCCUAUUGAGCAUCUGUGGGGCAUUCUCAAACAGAAGGUGGAGGAGUGCAAGGUCUCUAACAUCCACCAGCUCUGUGAUGUCGUCAUGGAGGAGUGGAAGAGGACUCCAGAGGCAACCUGUGAAGCUCUGGUGAACUCCAUGCCCAAGAGGGUUAAGGCAGUGCUGGAAAAUGAUGGUGGCCAUUGGACAUUUUCACUUAGGGGUGUACUCACUUUUGUUGCCAGCGGUUUAGACAUUAAUGUCUGUGUGUUGUGUUAUUUUGAGGGGACAGCAAAUGUACACUGUUAUACAAGCUGUACACUCACUAAUUUACAUUGUAGCAAAGUGUCAUUUCUUCAGUGUUGUCACAUGAAAAGAUAUACUCAAAUAUUUACAGAAAUGUGAGGGGUGUACUCACUUUUGUGAGAUACUGUAUAUCGACAUAAUCUGAAAGGCCGCUCAGCAAGGAAGAAGCCACUGCUCCAAAACCGCCAUAAAAAAGCCAGACUACGGUUUGCAACUGCACAUGGGGACAAAGAUCAUAUUUUUUGGAGAAAUGUCCUCUGGUCUGAUUAAACAAAAAUAGAACUGUUUGGCCAUAAUGACCAUCGUUAUGUUUGGAGGAAAAAGGGGAAGGCUUGCAAGCCGAAGAACACCAUCCCAACCGCAGCGUCAUGCUGUGGGGGUGCUUUGCUGCAGGAGGGACUGGUGCAAUUCACAAAAUAGAUGGCAUCUUGAGGAAGGAAAAUUGUGGAAAUAUUGAAGCAACAUCUCAAGACAUCACUCAGGAAGUUAAAGCUUGGUCGCAAAUGGGUUUUCCAAAUGGACAAUGACCCCAAGCAUACUUCCAAAGUUGUGCCAAAAUGGCUUAAUGACAACAAAGUCAAGGUAUUGGAGUGGCCAUCACAAAGCCCUGACCUCAAUCCUAUAGAACAUUUGUGGGGAGAACUUAAAAAGCGUGUGCGAGCAAGGAGGCCUACAAACCUGACUCAGUUACACCAGCUCUGUCAGGAGGAAUGGGCCAAAAUUCACCCAACUUAUUGUGGAAAGCUUGUGGAAGGCUACCCGAAACGUUUGACCCAAGUUAAACAAUUUAAAGACAAUGCUACCAAAUACUAAUUGAGUGUAUGUAAACUUCUGACCCACUGGGAAUGUGAUGAAAGAAAUAAAAGCUGAAAUAAAUCAUUCUCUCUACUAUUAUUCUGACAUUUCAUAUUCUUAAAAUAAAGUGGUGAUCCUACCUGACCUAAGACAGGGAAUUUUUACUAGGAUUAAAUGUCAGGAAUUGUGAAAAACUGAGUUUAAAUGUAUUUGGCUAAGGUGUAUGUAAACUUCCGACUUCAACUGUAAGUAUGAAAAUGUAUGCACUCACUAACUGUAAGUCGCUCUGGAUAAGAGCCUCUGCUAAAUGACUAAAAUGUAAAUGUAAUAAGGAGAGAGGUUGGCUACAGCUGUUAGCGCAGGUAAUGAGCAGGAAUCAGACAUCAUGGUGGAUGUACUGUAAGCCAUUAACUAAUCUCCAAAUUGAAAGCAGCGGGUUCAUAUUUGGAAUAGAAGAACUGUACACGGUCGGAUAAAUUGAUAUGUUCACCCCUGAAGAAAAUGUAAUUUGGCUUGAUGAAAGGAUAGAAUGAUAGGGGGUCCUGGGGUACGACCAGAUGAUAACAUCAGUUCUGUGAUACGCUGAAAAUGAAUCGUGGGGUUUAAAAGAAAAAUAACAUUGUAAAAUAAACCCAGACUAUGGCAUAAUAAAUCGAUUUAUUGUCUGUUUGUGUUUUUGAUUAUGUCUCAGCAGUGAAGACGGACCAGCUCCAGACCAUUAAACGAGAGCUAACACAGAUCAAGAUAAAGAUCGACUCUCUGCUGGGUCGCCUGGAGAAGAUCGAGAAACAGCAGAGAGCCGAGUCCGGUGAGAGAGAAUGAGGGGGGGAGAAAGAGAGAGGCUAAGGGUGUCAGAGAGAAAGAGAGGGCGACGGGGGGAGAGAGAUCGAGACGGAAAGGGGGAGAGAGAGAAAAGGAGAGAGAGGGAAAAGGUGUCAGAGAGAGAGAGAGGGAGAGAGAGAGAAAAACAAUAUGAGAUGGGAACCUGCAAGCAAAAAACACCAACCGCAGGGUUAAAAUUAAGAGCGCACACCAGCCAUCAGUCUUCCUGACAAAAUGUGAAGAUAAGAGGCCCGAGCUCUCUGUCAUAACAGUAGACGUGUGUCAACACUAGACUAAUUCAGUUUAUAUGAGGGGCCUUUAUAGUUUGUCCUAGACUAGAGGACAGUCUCACAGCAGGGGAGGUGAAGUAGAAGAACAUUUAAAGCUUGUUCAGAUGUUAAACACGGUUUCACCAAGACUGAUGUUUAUGAGAGCGUCUGCUAAAUGACUAAAAUGUAAAUGUAAAUGUAUGAUGGUAUGGCGCAGUGGUCUAAGGCACUGCAUGGUAGUGCUAGCUGUGCCACUAGAGAUCCUGGUUCGAGUCCAGGCACUGUCGCAGCCGGCCGCGACCGGGAGACCCAUGGGCGGCGCACAAUUGGUCCAGCGUCGUCCAAGGUAGGGGAGGGUUUGGCCGGCAGGGAUGUGGGUUUGUUUACCACAGGGGGCCAGUAUGAAAAUAAAAUAAAAAAUGUAUGCAUUCACUAACUGUAAGUCGCUCUGGAUAAGAGCGUCUGCUAAAUGACGUAAAUGUAAUGGUAUGAAUCUCAAUUGCAAGUCUCUCCUUAUCCCCUCAGAGUAGCUAGUCAGCAUCUUGUUACUUUUUGUCACCAGUUGUUACUUUGAUCUAAUUUCUUUGUCCUCCUCUCACUCUUUUUUCCCCACUCUCUCUUUUCACGUUUUCUCCAGAGGCUCAAAGAAAGUACGAGGACCACUGUGACUCUCUCCACGAGGAGUCUGUGUCGGAGACAGCCGAGAACUCCGGGGAGGAGGCUGGCGACAGGGCACUGGAUGUCGAGGCCGGAGAGAUGACCGACGGGGGCGAGGAUGACUACGACGAAGAGGGCAGCCAUCAUCUGGUAAGGGAAAUGGGUGAUGAAGGGGGGCCUGGAAGGGGGUCAGGGGAGACAGUGGUUUGGGAUGGGAGAUUUCAAUUGGGCACACCAGUCUUGCCCUAAGAAAGUUAAUUCUGCCGAAUUAUUCAUGGCUCAAGAUCUGAAAAGCAGUGUGAGGUUGCUCAUGAGUGAAUGAUGAGGGCGCCACGACUGACAGUUUCUCCCUGACAGCCCAACUCAAGUGGAGGCGGUGGCAGGUCCCUGUUCACACACACACACAAAUGCGCGUGCGUGCACACACACACACACAAACACACACCACAGACACAACACACACUCUGCCAUGGGUUGUAAUUAAAACAGGGCGCUGCAGACACACCAGGGGGACUUGGAGGCCUGUCUUAACCGGUCCAAAUAUGAAAAUGAAGAUGGAGUUGCUACUGAGGGAACCGAAAGUGUUCUUCAAAGUCACCAUUUUAUACUCUACAAAGAACUAGACUGAGGGAAAAGCGAAAGUAUUUUUGACAACUUCUGGAACAGCUGAUAUGACACCUUCAAUGAUUGAUCAUUUCAGUCAACAACUCACCUUAUUGAUAUUUCUCACAGUUAUUAUCACAAAUAGUAUGCUAUUUGAACAUGUCAUUUUUCUGAAGAAUCAUAUCUUCCCUGUUGUGUCACUAGAGUCUGCCUCCUCACAGAGUACACAUUAUUUCAAGUUCAAGCAGGAAGAUCAAAGGAAUUAUCUGUGUGGUUCAUCUGUGGUUCAAUGCCACCAUGCUUUCCCUAUUAUGCGAUAUUUAUGACCCAUUAUAAAAUGGAGCGGGUGCAUGCCAUCCAAGAGCUAAGCCUUGUCUUCUCGCUAAUAGAAGAGAGAAUUUUUCCCAGCGAGUGUGUGGGAGAUUUAUUUGUUUCUUCAUUCAAGGUCAUAUUGAUCAGAUAUAGUGGUAAUGUACAAUGACCCAGGAUAUUUUUGCAAGUUGACAGAACUCUCCAACAACUUGAAAAACGCUGAAUUAAGCUCUAAUUUAAGCAGGAUUUGUUUUAUAGCUGAUUACAUUAGAACCCCAAAUUGGCUUUUAAAUACAAAUAAAUGCUGAUGCAUUUUGUGUUCUUUUCUUUUCAGAUAGAGAACCAUGUUUCUGACAUUGACAACUGA